AUGGCUCCCGAAGAAACACAAGGGUUCCUCAAAAGCCUCGUCGCUCCCCUCCGCAACCAAAUCCCCACCCCUCUCCUCCACCGUCCCAGUGAAGCAGGUCUCGAGUACGAAGAUGUUUUCUUCCCUUCUGAAGAUGGCACUCCUCUUGAAGCAUGGUACAUCCCCAAGCCAGGCUCCAACAAACUGAUCAUCGCCAACCAUCCCCUUCGCUGCAAUCGAUCAGGCUACCCCGCUCAUCUCGAGCCAUGGAAGGCUUUUCUAGGCGGUUCUGCUACGGGAAAUGACUUUGAGCUCAACUUUAUUCCUGAUCUCAAGAUCUUGCAUGAUGCUGGGUACAAUGUUCUUACGUAUGAUAUGCGAAACUCUGGAACUAGUGGACAAGCGAAUGGUGGUAUUUCUGGCACUGGUCGUUUUGAAUCAAGAGAUGUUGUUGGAUCGUUGAACUAUGUUCGCAGCCGAGACGACACCAAGAACAUGACGAUCGGGCUUUUCAGCCGCUGUUUGGGUGGUAUAGCUACCUUCUUCGCCAUGGACCGUCGACCAGAAGUCUUCAAAGAUGUACGCUGCCUUCUUGUCCCCGAGCCCCUCUCCUACAGACCCUUCGUCGAAAAGGCUCUUGGUAUGUUCGGGCUUGACGAUAAGUUCGACGAAGUGAAUGAUUUGAUCAAGAUGGAAACGAGCUUCACCGCUGAUGAACUGUCGCCCAUUCCGAUCAUGAAGAAUAUUCGUGUUCCGACGUUUAUUUACUCGGUGCGGGAGGACAUCUUGACAAAGGAGAGCGAUGUACAGACUAUGUAUGAUUCGCUCACUGUGGAGGAUAAGAAACUGCACUGGGUUGAUGGGACGGUGAGGAUGAAGGGAUAUACGUACUUUCAAGAGAACCCGGAGGUUUUUGUCGAGUGGUUGGCUCGUCAUAUGGAGUAG